AUGGCUCCCACUAACUCCAAAAACCACUCCGAUCAGGCUUCCACCAACUACAAAGAAGCAUUCAGCCUCUUCGACCGCCGCGGCUCCGGCCGUGUGUCCGGCGAACUGCUGGGCGACCUGCUACGCGCCUGCGGGCAGAAUCCCACUCUGGCUGAAAUUGCCGACCUGGAGAAGUCGGUCGGGAAUGACUUUGAUUUCGACUCCUUCCUCAAAGUCCUCAAUCGCCCCGGCGGGUUCCGUGAGCCCGGUGACCCGGAGGAAUACUGUCGUGGAUUCCAGGUGUUUGACAAGGAUAUGACAGGGUUUAUUGGGGUAGGACAGCUUCGCUACAUUCUCACCAACCUCGGCGAGAAAAUGUCCGACGACGAAGUGGAUGAGCUCCUCAAGGCGGUGGACACGUCCUCGGGCGAGAUCAACUACACGGACCUGGUGCGCACGAUCCUGGCGAACUGA